CGGUUGUCCCCCCCCCCUCCCGGCCCCGGUAACGGCCGCGCGGCGCCGCAGCCGGUGCCCUGCUCCCGCGGGGGCGGCCCCGGCCGAGGGGAAGCGGGAGGGGGGGGGGGAGGCAAAAACGGGAGCGGCCCACGUGAUGGGCCGGCGCAGCCAAUGAGGACGGCAGGAGGGUGCGCGUGGCACGCGAAGGCCGCAGGAGCCGCGAGCGGGCCGCGUGGGCCGGGGCGGUGCGCGGCGCCCCCGGAGCCGGCGGCGGGAGGCAGAAGAGCGACCACAUGUAGAUGAUUAUCAGACCUGUGUAGAAUAUACCUUUUGAUUUGAGAGCUUAUAAAAGUGUUCAUCAUGGAGAAACAGCAGAUUGUGCUGGGUAACCGGGAUGGCGGGGCAGUGUUUGGUACAGCACCUGCUUUCUUUGUCAUCCUGAAACAACAGCAGGGGAACGGUAAAGCUGACCAAGGAAUCCUAGUGGCGAACCGCGAUGCCUGCGCUCUUGCUAGCAGCGUGUCAGCUCCAGUCAAAUCCAAAGUGAAGACCUGCCUCCCAGCUGACUGCGUAUCAGGGGGCAUCACUGUCACCCUGGAUAACAACAGCAUGUGGAACGAGUUCUACCAUCGCAACACUGAGAUGAUUCUGACGAAGCAGGGGAGGCGCAUGUUCCCGUACUGUCGGUACUGGAUUACAGGUCUGGACGCCGGCCAGAAGUACAUUCUGGUCAUGGACAUCUCCCCCGUGGACAAUUACCGGUACAAGUGGAACGGCCGCUGGUGGGAGCCCAGCGGGAAGGCAGAACCCCACGUCCUUGGGCGAGUGUUCAUUCACCCGCAGUCGCCUUCCACUGGCCGCUACUGGAUGCACCAGCCAGUGUCCUUCUACAAACUCAAACUCACCAACAACACCCUGGACCAGGAGGGACACAUAAUCCUGCAUUCGAUGCACCGCUAUCUGCCGCGACUUCACUUGGUUCCUGCAGACAAAGCCACAGAAGUCAUUCAGCUCAACGGCCCGGACGUCCACACGUUUACCUUCCCACAGACAGAGUUCUUUGCAGUUACGGCCUACCAGAACAUCCAGAUUACCCAGCUGAAAAUAGAUUACAAUCCUUUUGCUAAAGGGUUCAGAGAUGAUGGGUUGAAUAGUCGGCCUCAGCGUGAUGUGAAACAAAACAGUAACUUAGAACUGGAAGGAGGUAAUGUUUUUAGCUCUGCCAGCCUUCGUGGUCGCCCUGCUGAAGUUGAUGCAUUAGGUUUGCAUCAGAGGAGUCUAGAUUCUUCAUUCAUUGGUCAGAACCCAUCGGACAUUGAUAUGGAAAAAGAAUCCUUUAAUGCAGAAAGGGACUUUAUGGGUUUCCUGGACACCGACCUGGCUUCGGGUGAUAUGCCAAAGCUAAAACAGGAAGCCUCUGAAAGUCCCAUCACUAGCAGUUACAAAAGCAGUUCCCGAGUGGCAUCCCCAGUGGACCCAAAUGGACACUUCAACGUAGUCAUUAAAGAGGAGCCAGUCGAUGAUUAUGACUACGAGACAAGUAUUUGCACACAAGGAAUAACUGUGAAACAGGAAGACACAGAUGAAGAAACUGAUGAGUAUUCCAACACUGAUGAUGAUGAUCCCAUCCUACAAAAACGCCUGAGGAGGCGCAGUGAAACAGAUGGGAAUGAUGGAGAAUUCAGGUCUAGGAAGCGCGUGCUGACCAGUCCUUCAGGUGUUGCCAAAGCAAAAAUGUUAAAAUUGGAUAGUGGGAAGAUGCCCGUAGUCUAUUUGGAACCGUGUGCGGUCACAAAGAGCACAGUGAAGAUCUCCGAGCUGCCGCAAACCAUGCUGUCCUCUUGCAAGAAGGAUAAAUCCCCUUUGAGUGCAAUACUGGAUUCUUUGCCUGUUUGUUUUGAAAAUCACAAAGAUUCCUGCACAGAUCCAGCCACUGUAACUGAGGAGAUAGCUAUGAAAAAAAUACCUCCUGGGAGUAAACUGUCACAGAAAUACUCUUCAAUCAAAGAGGCCCAAUGGGUUCUAUCUAAAUCACCUAAUUUUAAUCUCAGGGGCUCUGUAAGCUGUCGCUUUUCAGAUAAAGAGAUCUGUGGAAGAAAAAAGCCUGGAAUACUGAAGAAUACUGUGUCCAUGAAAGGCAGUGGUAGCAAUCAAAACGCCAUGUCAUCAGGUACAACUAAAAGAGGAAGGCCACGGAAACUGAAAAUCUCCAAAGCUGGUCGGCCACCUAAAGGUAUAGGGAAACCUGUAAUAACGAGCAAGAAUGGCCCUCUGGGGCCUGGGAGCAUCCUUCCGGAUGUUAAGCCAGACCUUGAAGAUGUUGAUGGAGUCCUCUUUGUGUCCUUUGCAUCAAAGGAAGCUCUUGACAUUCACACUGUUGAUGGAGCUGGAGGAGAAGAGUCGCAGAAUCUUCAGGCUCCCCUGUUGACUACAAAUGAUCCAGAUUGCCAAGCAAGAAUACAAGUACUGGAAAAGGAAUUGAUGGAAGAACUGAAAACCUUAAGGCACAAGCAAGUAAUACAUCCUAGUCUUCAGGAAGUGGGACUGAAGUUGAAUUCUGUGGACCCAACAAUGAGCAUUGACUUGAAAUACCUGGGUGUGCAACUUCCUCUUUCCUACUCAAAUUACUCUUUGUGGAACUAUCCGGGAACAAACCCCAAUUCUCCAGAUACUGGAUUUCCUUUCGUUUCCAGAACGGGAAAGACAAAUGAUUUCACAAAGAUCAAAGGCUGGCGAGGGAAACUUCACGGUGCUUCCAGAAAUGAAGGUGGCAGUUCAGAAGGUUCCUUGAAGAAUCGCUCAGCGUUCUGUAGUGACAAGCUGGAUGAGUACCUGGAAAACGAAGGGAAGCUGAUGGAAACAAGUAUGGGAUUCUCUUCUAGCACACCCACUUCUCCUGUGGUGUAUCAGCUUCCCACCAAGAGCACAAGCUAUGUGCGAACACUAGACAGUGUUUUAAAGAAGCAAUCCACCAUAAUUCCAUCCACAUCUUACACGUUCAAGCCUGUUUCUAUGUCAUCUACCUCUAGGAAGUCAAAGACUCAAAAUAGACAGACAUCUUCAAACAGAGGAAAGUCAUCCUACAAGCCCAUACUGCCUUCACCUUUUUCUGCCAAGCAGAAGCAGAACUUUUCAGCAUCAGGGGAAAAGGUUGCUAAGUCUCUCUCAAAUAGCAGUUUGUCUAACCAAGCAGAUAGUUUCCUGGUGCCGGCUCUGGAUGAAAAUAUACUGCCAAAACAGAUAAGUCUUCGCCAAGCACCACAACAACAAGGAGCUCGUCCGCCAGGUUUGUCUAAAUCUCAAGUGAAAUUAAUGGACUUGGAGGACUGUGCUCUCUGGGAUGGCAAACCACGGACCUACAUUACAGAAGAACGAGCAGACAUUUCUCUGGCAACCCUGCUUACAGCUCAGGCUUCUCUCAAAAACAAACCUAUCCAUAAAAUAAUAAGACGACGAGCACCUCCUUGCAAUAACGAUUUCUGCCGACUGGGCUGUAUAUGUGCCAGUCUAGCACUGGAAAAACGUCAGCCUACCCAUUGCCGCAGGCCAGACUGUAUGUUUGGUUGCACUUGCUUGAAGAGAAAAGUGUUGCUGGUGAAGGGAGGAUCAAAACAUAAGAAAAUACUGAAAAAGGCUGUGCGUGGAAGUCUUGUGUUUUAUGGAACACAAGAAGAACAGCAAGAGGGUGAAGAUGCAGCAGAAGAGGGUGAUGGAGACGAAGAUGAGGUGAAGCAGAAAGAUAAGAAGAAGAGAAAAAAAGUGGAAUACACUAUCUGUGACUCAGAGCCAGAAAAGCCAAUCAGGAAUUGUCCGUUGUGGGUGAAAGUAGAAGGUGAAAUAGAUCCAGAACCAAUUUACAUCCCAACACCAUCUGUUAUUGAACCAGUUAAACCUGCAGUACUGCCCAACCCAGAAGUCUUGAUUUCUACCAAACAUAGAUCUUCCAGUGGAGCGAAAACAGGAAGAGUGUAUACUCCUAAACCCAACCCAGUGAUUCGAGAAGAGGACAAGGAUCCUGUCUACUUGUAUUUUGAAAGUAUGAUGACUUGCGCAAGAGUUCGAGUAUAUGAACCUGGGAAAGAGGAAAAAAAGCAACAGAAAGACCAGAAGGAUUCACAGAGUUCUUUUAUAAAGAUGUAUGAACAAGGACUUCAGUCUUCUAAGAAAGAGUCUUCGAAGAAAGAAUUAUCUAAGAAAGAGUCUGUUAAGAAAGAACCUUGUAAGAAAGAAACCUGUGAGAUAAACAAAGACCCUGAUAAACUGGGAGAGAAAAGCUGGUGGUCUUCCCAUAGUGAGGGGGACUCUUCCUCCGCCUCCUAUGUUCAUCACACCACUCCUGGUGGACCAACCAAACUUAUCGAGAUAAUCUCUGACUGCAACUGGGAGGAAGAUUGCAAUAAGAUCUUGACCAUCUUAUCACAGCAUAUCAACAGUAACAUGCCGCAGUGCCUCAAAGUGGGUAGCUUCAUUAUUGAAUUGGCUUCGGAAUACAAGGCCCAGGAUGAAAACAACCCUCCUGUGUACUCCUCCAGAGUGAAAAUUUCAGUGCCAUCCUACCAGGACAAAGAUGAAAAGCCUGAGACACCUGUCUUGGAGACUCCCGAUAGUGCAGUGCCGUCAUGCAAAAAAACAGAAAAUCUAAAGUUCUUGCGGGCAGACACAUUGGACAAGCUACAGGAGAAGUUGCAUGGGGGCAAAGGCUUGCCUUUUUAUGCAGGGGUUUCUCCUGCAGGAAGGCUGGUUGUCUACAAACGCAAAGCUAAUAUGAGCCCCUCAGGCUUGAUUCAGGUUAAUGAUAAAAGGUAUCCUCAGGCCAAACUGCUUUUGGGACAGAUGGGGGCAUUACAUCCUGCCAAUCGGCUAGCUGCUUAUAUCACAGGCAGGCUGCGACCCACAGUACUUGAUAUCUCAACCCUCAGUACUGUGAUCUCCAAGGUAGCAUCCAAUGCUAAAGCAGCUGCUCCUGGGACACCAUCAGUCCAGGUGCCCACAGCAUCACCUCCCAAAACUACAUCUUCCACCAGCACUACUUCAACCCCCACUGUGACGACUCUGAAAGCUCAUGUCCCAGCACAGAGACAGAUAGCUGCUCGACCCUCACCUGGUGGUGUGUUCACAAAGUUUGUCAUGAACAAAGUUGGAGCUCUGCAGCAGAAGAUUCCUGCAGUGAGCACAUGCCAGCCUUCAUCAGGGCCGCCACAGAAGUUCAAUAUCAAGCCAACACCAAUAAUGGUUGUUGCUCCUGUGGUUCCUUCACGGCCGUCUCCAGCUCAGUGCACUGUCUCUCCUGGGGUCACUACAGCCAUCACCACUUCUCCUGUAACUGUAGAAAGCACCAGUGUGGCAGUAUCUACUGUGACUACUCCUAGCCAGACAAGAGCUAGUGAACCUGCCUCCUCUCCUCCUGCAAUUACAGUUACAGGUGCUUCUGCAACACCUGGAAUCAACACUUGUACUACUUCCUCGCCUGCCACUCCUACUGCCACUGUGAAUAUAACAAAAGCGACUGCCAUUGCUGCACCGGUACCUACGGUAACACUUGCUACUGUAGUAACAACGCCAACAAUUACUUGUCCUGUCGUCACAACAUCCACUUCUACAGUUGUGCUAACAACUGCAGUAGCUACAUCGGUGGUGACCACACCAACUUCCUCCAUCAGCUCUGUUCCCAUUAUAUUAUCAGGAGUUAAGUCAACUCCUUCAUUGGCUCCAAAAAGAGAAGAUGCUAGUCCACAAGCUCUAAAUAAGACGCCCCCAAAGAUCUCUCCUGGAACGGAGAAACGUGUAGGACCUCGAUUGCUGUUGAUUCCAGUGCAUCAGACGUCUCCCACUCUGCGACCAUUAAACAACGUGCAGCUUCCUCAGAGGCAGAGGAUGAUCCUUCAGCCUCUCAGGAGCCCUGGUGGUGUGAACUUGUUCAGACAUCCUAACGGACAGAUAAUUCAGCUAGUCCCUCUGCAUCAGUUUCGAGCUCCAGGUACCCAGCCCAGUGCCCAGCCCAGUGUGCAGCCAGUGAUGUUCCGCAAUCCAGGAUCUGUUGUAGGAAUUCGGUUGCCUGCACCUGCUAAGCCGCCUGAAUCUCCUCUAUCUCCUCCUUCCUCUGUGUCUUCCACUUCUCCAGCCACAAAUCCAGCUUCACAAGCUGCAGGACCCAAGUUAUCCCCUACGUCUAAUCUAGUCACUCAAGCAUCCUCUGUUCUUCCUUCAGUAACAAGUUUUGUGUCACAAGCAGGCACUCUGACUCUGAGGAUCUCUCCUCCUGCUGCUAGCAGUGUGACAAAUCAAACAGCCUCGGAAUCAAAAAUAACGUGCAGCUCAGGUGUUCUGCCAGCUUCAACAGCUAAUCUCAUACCUUUACAAUCUGGUAGCUUUGCUUUACUUCAGCUCCCAGGACAGAAGACCGUGCCAAACUCCAUUCUUCACCAUUUUGCAUCUCUUCAGAUGAAGAAGGAUUCCAAGAAGACAAGCCAGAAAGAUGACUCAGGCGCUGCUCAGCAGAAGGAGACAGGGAAGGCUUUGCGCUCAGAGGAAGCUGAAGUUACAGAGUCUGAGGUCACAGUGUCAGAUAGCAAACAAGAAGAAAAUGAACCGUCAGUAAGCCAGCCAAAUAAUGUUGAAGAGCCAGUGUCUGGCACAGUCACACCUGGUAAAAAUUCCACUGCGUUAGAGAGAGUGGAAAAGGAUUCAAAGGCACUUGAGAGUUCUUUUGAUGAGUCGUCUCUUCAGCAUGAUGUUUCCACAGAUGUCAUAUCAUCUGACCAUUCAUACAUCAGUGAAAAGCCAAAUGAUGAGGAAAAUGAAGUAGUCAGUGAUGAGAAAGAUGAUUCUGUCCAUUCUGAAACUGUAGUGGAGACUACUUCAACUAACUCUGGAACCAUUUGUGGAUCGUCAGAUCGGUCUGUAGCUGGUCCUCCGGGUAGUGCACAUCCACAGGGUCUCAGUAAUCAGGAGACUGCACAGUUGAAGAACCAUGGUAAGGAACAAAUGCCUACUGAACAGGAAGAGAAACCAGUUAAAGUGCAGGAAGGAGAUGCACAGGCACAGAAGAAGGAGAGCAACAAGUCAAGUUCUGGGCAGUCCCAGAGUCAACAAGAGCAAGGUACACAGCUGGAGAACAAGAAGGAACAGAGAGGGACUGAACUGCCUCACAAUAAACAAGAAUGCCAGGCUGAUGCUGUACAGCCAGAAAUAGAAAGAAAGCAGUACAAGGGCUCAAUGGAAGCAGAAAGCUUAGGAGAAAAAAAAGGAAGCAAGUCUGAAAUGAGUUCUGCAAAAGAGCAGGGUAAUACUUCAAGAGAAAUAAAAGCAGUAAAUACUGAGGAAGGCAAAACAAAUACAGCCACGCAGGAAAAUAGUAACAACAAAGAACAAGGUGCUGUUGAUUCUCAGGAAGAAAUAAACAUGGUUAAAGAUGUUGUAAUACAUGCCAACAGUUCUUGGAGCAAAAUAUCCAGCAUUGCACCUGCUUUAGAAAACAAAAGUGAGGCAGACAACAAAGCUGACAGAUCAGAUAAAGGUGACUUCCUGACAGCAGAACAGAGGGCACGGGAACCCAAGCGUCACAAAAAGGGUGGUAUGCCCCCUGUUGAUACACCUGCUGAUUAUAUGGAAGAGGAAGAAUACGAAGAUGAUGACGAGGAUGAAAAAACUGAUGAUUCUGCUGAUGAGAUUCUGGAUGGUGCUUCUGAUUUCCCAAGUGAAGAGGAAAUAGAUGUUGAAAAAGUGUUCCAGGAUGCGUGUGAAUACAGUGAGGAUGACGAGCAGGUGGACAUUGAGACCGUGGAGGAGCUUUCAGAGAAGAUUAACAUUGCCCGUCUGAAGGCCACAGCUGCUAAUAUCCGACCUUCCAAAGAGAAAUACCAUGCUCCUAAUUCUUCGGAUGAAAAAAUAUCAGAAAAUCCUAUGAAGCAGAAUCCUCAAAUCUGGAGCAGAAAGCAGAAGACAGAGGAAGAAGCCUUUGCUCAUUACCGCCAGACACACACAGCAAAUGAACGCCGGCGACGUAAUGAAAUGAGAGAUCUCUUUGACAAGUUGAAGAGAGCUCUGGGGUUGCACAAUCUUCCCAAGGUCUCCAAAUGCUACAUUCUCAAGCAAGCAUUUGAUGAAAUUCAGGGAUUGACCGAUCAGGCAGAUAAACUUACUGGACAGAAGAACUUACUGGCACGUAAACAGGAUUCUUUGAUUCGGAAAGUAUCCACACUUUCAGGGAAGACAGAAGAGGUUGUCCUAAAGAAGCUAGAAUAUAUGUAUGCCAAACAAAAAGCCAUAGAAGCACAAAAAAAGAAGAAACAAGUUCAGCCAGCAGAAUCUGUUGUAACCUCAACUGCUACCACACAGCAAGAAGGAUCUUCUCUUCCAUCCAGAGACCUGGGCAAAGUGGCUAUGACAAAUAGAAGAGGCAAGCCAUUGAUACUUGCCAGAAAAGGAAGCCAUGCCACAGAGGACACCUCCUCCUCUCUUACACUGACUGCUGCGAGCCUAGUGAUGACUCCACAGGGGCAGGUGCUUACGCUGAAGAGCCCACUGGUACCAGGGCAGGUAGCAGCUGUUCCCUCCACACUCUUGCAGGCCGAGUUAAAGCCUCGAGCUACCAACACCACCGUGACAGCGCAGCCAGGUAUUGCUUCGGUGAUGAUUCAGCUGCCAGGAUCAACAGUUCCUGUCCAAGUUAAGGGAAUCCUUACCAACUCUACCAUUCCUAUUACACUGUCAACUGUUGCUGGAAACCCAGUGCCCUCAACAGUAGUGUCAGCUACAGAGCCCCAUUCAGAAAGUGAAGAUUCAUUCAUGAUGCCAAGGAUUGUUAAUGUCACAUCACUGGCAGCUGAAGGAAGUAUGAAUCUAAACCCAAACAGAAACAAAAAUUCUAAUACAACGACAGCUGCAGCUACUACUCAGGCUUCUGAGAAGUCCUUGGUAGUAGCACCUCUCGAAAGUAGGAAGAGUGAUAGCAUCCUUUCGGAAGAAAAGGCCAAACAGUGUCCUGGAGACAGCGGAGGAGAUGGAAGAAGUACCACAGGUACCGCCAAAGGUUUAUUGGAAAAUAAAGAUGGUUUUCCACAGAUCCGGAACGUGUCCUGUACAAAGGAACGCCCAGAGUCCUUUGGCAAAAAGCUCUGCAUUGGUGAGUUUGUAGGAAGCCAACCUAGGAAGAAAGACAGCGAUCCUGGAGGAGAGAGAUUAAAAAUGAAAGAAUUGCCAUUCCGCAAGCUGCAGCUCAAAGAUUCGAGGAUAGAAAUGGAACUGAGGAAGGUAGCUUCUGCAAUGGAGGAGGCAGAACUGGAUACAGGUGAGUUACUGAGCAGCAUUGAGGAGAGUGAUGACACUGAUGAGACCCUCACUUCUCUGCUCAAUGAGAUCGCUUUCCUCAAUCAGCAAUUGAAUGAUGAUGCUUCAGGUAUGUCGGAGCUGCCCAGCGCUCUAAACUCAGAUUUCUCCCAUGGAGAUGCAGAAGCUCGCCGGGGAACAGCCAGUGAUCUGUCCACUGCAGAUGGUUCUUCCUUCCAGUUUAGCCAUUUGGGAGGAGGUUUUAAGGACCUUUCCGAAGUUCCAGAGGGUGGUGGCUCUUUAAGUCCUCUCCUGCUGCACCUGGAAGAUGAUGAUAUUACCGAUGGAGACAAGAACUCUGGGGAGCCUUCAUCCGAAGCAGAUGUUCUAAAGAUAGUAAUAGGUGCUGAAAUGAAGGAUCCGCUUCCCAGUCUGUCCGUAACCAGCGGUGGGAGCGGCAAAACUGCAGAGACCACCAGUGUGACUCCCCCGGUUUUGCACAUGAAAACGAAUCCAGAAGCUAGUAAUGCUGAUACUUUGUGGAGGCCCAUGCCCAAGCUGGCACCACUUGGCUUAAAAGUGGCGAGUCUGCCAGUAGAUUCAGAAGGGCAGAGUACUAAAGUGAUGCCCUUAUUGGCACCUAUAGUUGCAAAACUGGCACCCACUGGGGUAAAAACUUCAUCUGCAACUGUUCAAGAAGGACAGGAUAGCAAAGUAAUGCCCGCGUUAGCACCUGUGGGCACAAAGCUUAGUAAUACUGGGACCUUACCUUCAAAUUCAGCAGGCAAAUAAAUGUGUGUAUAUUUUAUCAGACUGGAAUGGAGAUCUGGAGCCAGUGUGAACCAGUGUCUGAGUUUGGCAACCUCCCUUGUCUGCAACGCUUUGUUUUCUGUAUGGCAUCAGCACUCUGUUCAUCUGAGGGCAGGCCCCAAAUUGAGAAAUAAGUGCUAUGAAACUUUAAGCAUGUUGACAUAUUUUUACCUCACCGUUGUAUUCUGGGUAUUCUCCUUCUCCUUCACAAAAGGUGGAAGAUGAUCUAUCUGUAACCAUUGCUGGGCACAUGGUAUCCUUCCAAAAUUGGGUCCUUCAUGGAAAUAGUUUGUAAAAGGACUGAGAAACCUAGGCUAUUGACAGAUACUUAUUUUUUCCCAGUAGAGAGGCAGCUGUGUGUUGUUGAGGGAAAAAACACGUUUCAUUUGGUUUUGUACCAGGCAAACUAUCUAUGCAGAAAUGGGAUUGUUUCACAUGUGCUGUUUCUAAAGUUUUGCAGAAUAUGAUGAACGUGCAGAAAUGAGAUUGCAAUUACUCUCAAAUGUGUUACCUAGAGCAGCAGAAGGGAAACUGGAGAUGGUGCAGAGGGCUGAAGCUAAAAGUUCUUUGGUGCUAGAUAGUUCUCUGGCAGAGACUCCUUUUAGGAGCUUAUGCCCAGAAUAUUGUCAUAAACAUCUAGAACUCUCACUGAAUGGGGGAGAUGAUAUUUCCCAAUGCAAUUAGGAUAGUAGGUGAACUUUAGAACAAGUAAACAGAAAACAACAUACAGAAAAGCCCCUCACCACUUUCACCUCAUGGCCCUAUACAAAUAAUCCCUCCUUUGAUGGUUAGGGCAUCUGUAAGGGAGAACCUCAGAGAGUAGAAAAAAAUGUGGGCACCCUUUUGCUACAUCUUUAAAUACACUGCUGAAGUAGCUUGAGCGCUUUCCCAGUUCUCUUCCUCAUUCUUCCUGUCGUUCUUCAAGAUGCAUUUGGUGGACAGGAUGUUAAUAGAAAGUGUUGUUUCAUAAAAAUACAGAACACUUUCAGACUGUUGUAGCCUAAAUUAAACGAGCAAGGUGUAUAUGUGAAUGUAUAUAUGAAAAUAUGUGUAUAUCUUUCCAAACCUUCCAUUUCUUUAUAAAUUCAGGAAAGGUACUCAGAGGUUUCUCACUGCGUUUGCACAAGAUGUGUAUAGCAAAAAAAAAAAAA